ACAUGUGCUCCCUCUCGCUCUUCCACUACUCGGAGUACCUGGUGACGGCCAUCAACAACCCGCGCAGCCUCUCGCUGGACUCCUUCCUGCUCAACCACAGCUUUGAGUACAACCUGGCCGCCCUCUCCUCCUGGGUGGAGUUCACGCUGGAGAAGCUCCUCUUCCCAGAGCUGAAGCAGAUCACCUGGCUGAGUACUGUAGGGUUGUUGAUGGUGAUCUUUGGGGACUGUCUGAGGAAAGCGGCCAUGCUCACAGCUGGCUCCAACUUCAACCAUAUUGUUCAGAAUGAGAAAUCGGAUACUCAUACUUUGGUGACAAGUGGGGUGUAUGGGUGGUUCCGGCACCCGUCUUACGUGGGAUGGUUUUACUGGAGUAUUGGAACACAGGUGCUGCUCUGCAAUCCCAUCUGCGUGGUGGGCUACGCGCUGGCGUCCUGGCGCUUCUUCAGGGAGCGGAUCGAGGAGGAGGAGAUCACGCUCAUUCACUUCUUUGGGGAGGAGUACCUGGAGUACAAAAGGAAGGUGCCGUCGGGUCUCCCUUUUAUUAAAGGAGUCAAAGUGGAACUGUAACGUGGCUGAAAACCGGACUGGCUGAGCGAUCGCCUGGCUCCAGGCGCCGCGGGCGAGGGACGAUGCGUGGCACCGGCGCCGGGAGGAGCCCGUUGCUAUUUCCCGGCCGCCC